GCAGCCCGCUCGUCAGGCGCUCGCUUUCCUGGAGGGGGGAGCAGCCCUGCCAUCUGCCGCCUUGGGUUGGUAACUCAACGCCGCCCGUCCCCUUGCCGGCUCCAGCCUUGGCGGAGAAAGUGAUGGAGCAAGCGACUCCCUGCCAGCCGGCCCCCGACAACCUGAAGGUGCUGCACACCAAUGACUCGUACCGCAACUGCAGCGCAGAGACAGGGGUCUACCAAGAUGCCACCCCGCUCUCCUGGAAGAUCGUCCUCACCAUUAUCUUGGCUCUGAUCACCCUCGCCACCAUGCUGUCCAAUGCAUUUGUCAUCGCCACCGUCUAUCAGACGAGAAAAUUGCACACUCCGGCCAACUAUCUCAUAGCCUCCCUGGCUGUCACGGACCUUCUCGUGUCCAUCCUCGUCAUGCCCGUUAGCACCAUGUAUACUGUGACCGGGAAAUGGACUUUAGGCCAGAUCGUCUGCGAUAUCUGGCUGUCUUCGGAUAUUACUUGUUGCACAGCCUCCAUCCUUCACUUGUGUGUCAUCGCGCUGGACAGAUACUGGGCGAUCACCGAUGCGGUUGAAUAUUCUACCAAAAGGACUCCCAAGAGGGCAGCUGGCAUGAUCGCUUUGGUCUGGGUCUUCUCCAUCUCCAUCUCCAUGCCGCCUUUGUUUUGGCGUCAAGCGAAAGCGGAAGACGACACUGACUGUGUGGUGAACACAGAUCACAUACUGUACACCGUGUACUCCACAGUGGGAGCCUUCUACUUCCCCACCUUGCUGCUGAUUGCCCUCUAUGGAAGGAUCUAUGUGGAAGCCAGAUCUCGAAUUUUGAAACAGACGCCAACGAAAAGAGGCAAAAGAUUAACAAGGGCUCAUUUAAUCACCGAUUCCCCCGGAUCAUCUUCAUCUGUUACCUCCAUCAAUUCCAAGGCCCCAGAGGCUUCCAGUGAAACGGGGUCUCCUGUAUACAUGAAUCAGGUCAAGGUGAAGGUCUCGGAUGCCCUUCUGGAGAAAAAGAAACUCACGGCCGCCAGAGAACGGAAAGCUACCAAGACUCUAGGGAUUAUUUUAGGAGCCUUCAUCGUCUGUUGGUUGCCCUUCUUCAUCAUCACUUUGGUGUUGCCUAUUUGCAAGGACGCUUGCUGGUUCCACAUGGCCAUCUUUGACUUUUUCACCUGGCUAGGGUAUCUCAACUCUUUAAUCAACCCCAUAAUCUAUACAAUGUCCAAUGAAGACUUCAAACAAGCUUUUCAUAAAUUGAUGCGUUUUAAAUGCGCGAGCUGAAUGUUGAACGCACUGUGGUCUCCAGGGCUGCUUGAGUACAGUUUUGUGUCUGAUUCGACAGGUAGGUUGACUCUUCUUACCAUGUUAUCAUGUCGCUAAAAGGCUGCUCUAAUGCGAGAGUGAAGCUCAAUGAGGAGAACGCGCAAGCAGGGCUUAGCUUCCCUUCAGAAGGGCGAAUCUGUAAAAGUUUCUCCUCUAGCCCUGGUAAUGACACUUCUGCUUCCGAUCCCGCUAAGUAGCGAUGCCCUAAAAAGCACUAUGGUGUCUCCCUGGAUUAUGCCCUCUAGAGCCCAUAGAGCACUAUGGUAGGAAAUGGAAAGCUUUUGGACACGUCCUUUGGACAGAUCUACAGCUUGGCAGUACUUGAACUAGAAGUUUAUCGCCCAGUAUGUCCUAGGAGAACUUUAUUUACCUGCUGAAAGCAAGCCCCUUGGCAAUGUCUUGCUACAACUAUCUUGCUCUUUAUUUUUUUAAUUAAAAACCUUCCGGAAUGAGCCAUGUGGACGUGGUAAGGCUCCAAAACCUAGCUUGUACUCGGACAGAGCAGACACCUGGAAGAAUGGCAAUGAUGGGUUGAGUCUAACCGCCUCUGACUCGUUUAUACUUGAAACUGGGGAUGGGAAGGGAGGGGAUAUUGACUAUGGGAAGAGCAACCCCGUGGUGUUUGUUUUCCCGCCGCUGUGUGACUUAUUUCUGUUUAGCUAUUGUCAAAUCACGUCUAACAAAUCAAACUAAAUUGUACGUGCGCUCGUGCCAAAGCCUGCAAGCUGCUUUCAUUUUAUUACCGCUACACGUUUCUGACAUUUUACACAUUUAAACGCGCAGCCAACGAAGGCCCAUAAGGAGUGACUCACACCAAUCUGCUGUUAUUCCACAUAUUAAUACAGUCAUUUAGCACAAUUAACGUUGAACAACCCUAUCUUUUAAAGAUGCCUUUGAUCUCUAAUCCAAUCCUGCCAAUCUGGCAAGUGGUUAAAAAAGCUGAAGUUAAUUCAGAACAGAAGACUGAUCAAAUAGAACCUAAUCUGAUUAAAAUGACACUGGGUCAUAUUAAGCAAGCCGUGGUGGGUGUUUUUUUUUUUUUUUUUACCAGUGCAGGAAUUUUAAAAUGUGACGUUUCCUCUCCUUGUACUCCUUUGCAUUAAGAUUCCUUCCACUUCAAAUUCCCUUCUCCUAUACCAUUUGCACUUUCGGAGACCUGCUCCCUUUCCAGGAAUAUCUGCAAUGCAAUAUAGUAAAAAUCCUCAACUAGCUCUGGUCUCUUGAUUAUUUUUCUCCUUGGGAGAAUUAACUGAAAUCCAUGGGCUGCCUUCCAUUUCUAUCUGUUCUAAGGUAAAGGUAGCUAGUUUCAGUGUGUCCAGAUUUUGCUCAAAGAGUUUUGGAGCUUUCGGAGCAAUAUUCAGAUAACCAGGAGUUCUAUAGUGUUCAUUGGGAUGAAUAAAUGUUGCUUUCAAAUCUCUAUUCCAUAUUACACUAAGUGCCAGCACAGCCCUCUUAUUUGCUCCUCUCAGGGGACAGACAGAAAAGUCAUUACUUCUCUAGACAGAAAGCUUAGAGGAUUUCACUGUGCAAUUGGUGCCUGAUCCAAAGCCUCCAAAAUCCACUAUGGAUUUUUCUAUCUAGUUUAACUGGUUUUGCAUCUGGCCCUGUUUUAGGAGUGACCUUAACUUCAACACAGUCUGGGUUUCAUGCUGACUUUGAACACCUCCAAUUCCGUUAGGUUUCAAAGACAGCUUUUGCCUGAGUGAGUGUUGCAGGAUUGGGAUAAUUUGAAAUAAGAUUUUAAUAUAAACAGUAACAUUAUAUAAACAACCCCACUAAAGUUAGUGUUCCAAAGAAGUCUAGUUCACAUGUUGAACAACUAUACCUAACAUCACAUUUAGCUUGAUAUGAGGUUUUAUAUACACACUUCAGUGCCAUUUUAUGCAGAGUGCUUACUGUCAUUGUUGUGACACUUUAAUUCUAUGAUUUUCCCCAUUUUUUUUGUCUGCAGAAUCAAGUUGCUAUUGUAAAGACACAUUACUUUACUCCCCACCCCCACUUGUCAGAUUCAUGAUGCUGCAAAAACAUCAAAACAUACUGCCACAAAACUGUUCUGACCUGCAUCUCAAUUUAAUGAUUUUGUAAAGAUUCUGUUCCAAAAAGAGGACAACUUCAAAAAUCAAGAUUUAGAACUCAUGAGGGUUGGAAACAAAAUCUGAAAAUAAAAUGUCUAUUUUGCAGGCUUGUCUUAAGUUUUCUUUUUCAAAUUGUAGGGGUGUCCCUAAUAGUUUUGUGUCGUCUGUAUUAGCAUAGUUGUACUCAUGUGCACCUAUAAUUUCUUUCUUUUUAGUGGAAGGAGUUGUUAACUUUGCUAAAGGAUUGGAGGAAAACUGUGGCAUUUGAAAAUAGGAACAUAACAGUAAACUGUGUAAAUGACUCCUUGGGUGGAACAUGUUUGAGAAGUAGAAGUGUGCAAUAUUUUAAAACAAUAGCAAAUACAAAUACUGUACUAAUAAGAAUCCUAGACAUAUUCAGAUGCUUUGCACAUAUUGCUGUGCCCUCAGGGGGAUUUAUCACUUACCAAAUGCUCUCUCUUGUGUUAUAGUUUCCUUCAUAAGUUUUAACACUUCUGCUCAUAAAGAAGGAAAAACAAAAAGUUCUAUGUUCUUUACUUUUAACCGGCUGGGAUUAAGUACUGUUUGAUGUUGUAACUAACAUUUUUUUGUUUUUGUAUCCAGUUGCACACCCUUACUGCAUCACACACUGGAGAAUUUAGCAUCUAAAUUACUUAAUAUCUUGUAUUCAGCUCUGUAGGGAGAUGAAGCAGUUUGAUUUGUCAAAAAAACCACAGCACCUGCAAAAUAAAUACCCAUAAUCCUGGAUAAACUGAUGUCAGACAGCAGUGAAAUAACUCUCAUUUCAUUAUCUUAUUUGAUUUUUUGUUUGUUUUAUUCAGCUAAAACUUUAAGACAACUCUACUUAAGUCCAGCCGUCAAAAUUAAGAGCUUCAGACUGUGGUCACCUGCUGUGAUACAAGUGCAUUGAGUGUUCCUCCUAUGUGUAAUUGAAAAUGAAAUACAAACAAUAAAAAGCUUCACUAUGUUCUCAAGAGUAUUUAGUAGCAAUUG